UGUGUCAGCUGUGCUCCCAUGUGUGGCCACUUCCCCUGAUCAUCCCUCAUGUGUAUUUAGUCUCUGUGUUUCAUACAGUCUGUGUCGCGUCGUCUGUGUUCUCACCUCCAUGUUUUCCCGGUCAGUCUUUGCAGCGAACAUCAUAGUCUCUGAGUUUCCUUAGUUUGUCACAGUAUUAGUUUUCCCAGUUUAGUUAUAGCCUAGCCACGCUAUCCUUGCUUUGUUUGUACACCUUGUCUCCAGCCAUAAUAAAGGCUCGCUUUCUGUUAAGUUCACUCCCGUCUACUCACUUGUGUACGCACCUGGGUCCAUUACACACACCACCGCACGGCCUGUCUCUGCAGACUGUGACAGUCUGAGGGUCUUGUAGGCCUGUCAUUUAUUCACACAGUCAAAGUCAAUGAUGUGGCCUGUGAUGCUCUUAUUGAUAGUGGGUCUAACGUGACUAUUAUCUUUGAAAGCUGGUAUAACCAACACUUGGCAGAUGUCCCCAUAAAACCUCUCUCUCGCUUGGGACUCUGGGGACUUGCUGACACAGAGUAUCCCUACAAAGGCUAUGUUGUUGUAGAGAUGGAGUUUACCAAGGAGAUCACUGGUGUCUCCAGGCGAGUAGAAGUGCUCGCAUUGAUUUGUCCUGACCCGAAAAACCAGCAACAAACCCCCGUGUUGGUGGGCACCAAUACGUCUCUGUUCCGCCGCCUAUGGGACUUGGUGCAAAUGAAAGGUGACCAGAACACAGCUCAUUCCAUGAGAAUUCAGUCUGUGUAUGCCCCCAUUAGGGCACAGGAGCAACUGCCAAAAAAUGAUGUGCUGGGACAGAUAAAAUGGAAAGGGCCCUGCCCUCUUUCUAUCGCCCCAGGAGCAAAUUGCUAUGCCACCUGCAAAGUAGACAGGCACAGUGCCCCCUCCAAAGACCUUAUCUUGAUUGAUGCACCCUCUACCCAGUUACUCCCUGCCGGCGUGCUGGUACAGCCAGGUGUGCUCUCAGAUGCUGGUAUAGACAGCAAUAGCUUGAAUGUACUCCUCCAAAAUGAGUCCACAAAGACAGUCUCCAUACCAGUGGGAUCUGUCAUUGCUGAAAUGUUUGCCGUGGAUACAGUCACCCCAGUCCAACCCUCUGACCUUGCCACUGAGAAAAUAGAUCCAAACCUCUUCGAUUUUGGGGACUCCCCCAUCCCCGAGGAGUGGAAAAGUAGACUUCGGCAGAAGUUAGCUGAGAGGAGAAAUGUCUUCUCAAUGCAUGAGUGGGAUGUUGGCUUGGCUAAAGGGGUUGAACACCACAUUCGUCUACAUGACCCUAGACCUUUCCGGGAGAGGUCAAGGAGACUAGCCCCAGCCGACAUUGAUGAUGUGAGGCGACACAUACAGCAGCUGUUGGCUACUGGAAUUAUAACAGAGUCCCGUAGCCCCUAUGCCUCCCCAAUUAUUGUUGGGCGGAAAAAGAAUGGGGCUAUAGGAAUCUGUAUUGAUUACAGAACACUGAACAACCGCACUACACCUGAUCAGUAUACAAUGCCACGCAUUGAUGAUGCCUUGGACUCCUUGUCAGGCAGCCGAUGGUUCUCAGUCCUAGAUCUGCGUAGUGGCUACUAUCAGAUAGAAAUGGCUGAGGAGGACAAGGAAAAGACGGCAUUUAUUUGCCCCCUGGGCUUCUAUCAAUCGCUGUCCCGACAGUAUGCCCAAGAGGAAGUUGCGCCACAGUGA